AUGACACGCAUUGCACAGAGAGACAAGAAAGUUGCCGCCAUUCACUGCGGCGUUUUGACUCGGCUGGCCAGGCCAGUUACGGCAAGUACCCACCGCCCGCGCCAAUGGGAAUUGGCAACUGCCGGAGCUGAGCCGCCACCGCAACGCAUCCAAGUAAACUCAUCAUUGGCCGUCUCUGUCAAUAGAGCUAUUGUUUCAAGCAUGCGAGCACUCAAUUCAAUGAGGCUGCGCCCUCUGGCACGCCCUCGCAGGGCUGUGUCCCUUGAAACGCCAUUGUACCUGGACUUCCUAGCUCCGAUCACCCUCGGCCAGUCGUCUCGCCGAAGCUUCUUUUUCAGUACCAAGACCUCUACGAAUGACUCCCACCAGCCCGAUGAACGAAGUAACUCCGGCAACCCGUCCGCAAAGCCUCGAUACACCCUCAGUAAAUCACAGCGAGAGUACCUCGACAGUGCCUUGCGAGUCAACCAGGCUGGCGAGCUAGCUGCCACGCUAAUAUAUGCCGCCCAGAAGCCUCCUGUCGUGCGAUCGCAUCCUCACCUACGACAACUAAUGAAGCACAUGUAUGACCAGGAAGCCGUUCACCUCUCCAAUUUCAAUCACCUCGUUGCCAAGCAUCAAGUGCGGCCCACAGCUAUGUAUCCGAUCUGGGAGGUCGCUGCUACGUUUCUGGGUUGGUCGACAGCUGUCAUGGGCCGUGAGGCGGCGAUGGCAUGCACCGAGGCAGUCGAGACAGAAAUAGGGUCGCACUAUAACGAGCAGGUCAGCACGAUUAUGGGAUGGAUGAAGGAGGCCGAACAACGUGGUGAGGAGGUGGACGAUGAACUCAAGGACUUGUUGGCUUUGCUUAGAAAAACGCGUGAUGAAGAGUUAGAACAUCUGGACCAUGCGGUUGAAAACGACUCCAAAGAGGCGAAACCGUACGACCCUUUGGUGAACGUUAUUCGCUCUGGGUGCAGAGCAGCCAUUAAUAUAAGCGAGCGAAUUUGA